GUUAUGGUCGCUCGGAGGCCGAACGGUGUUGUAGUGAUCGUGCCAUGGGCGACGGUGGAGUGGUGUGGUGUUGUUGUGUUCGGCGGAGUAUUGUGAUCGCGCUGUGGCUUAUUGUGUUGUGUCAGUGAAAAAUUGUGUUUGGAUAUGAGUCUGAAAUUUGAUGCUGAAAGGCGCCCCACCUCCAGGGAAUACCCUGGCUAGGUUAGGAAGUGAAAGACAGAGUACCUUUAUAGUUUUAACGAGAGGAGCUCGGAGAGCACCUAUAUGACGCAAGGAGGGUUGAAAAAGAUGAAAAUCUGACGAGCGGUUGGAUGGGUGCAGCGAUGCAAAUGUCGCGAUGAACAAGAGUCGUUGCUUCAGAGAUUCACCCGUGACCGCUGACAAUCAGCCACUCAACCGGAGUGGGAAGGCACUCAGGGGUUCUAAAAAAAGCGUUCUUUUCUACACAACAGACUGUGGAGACGACAAGGAAGACUUAGGACUGCAUAUUCAACAACGAAGUGCCUCACUGACUGCUCUACACACAGGACCUGCAUUACAGCAGCAGCAGCAAAUCUUAGAACCCAGAAUGGCUCAACUGGAAACGUUGGAAGCGAAGAUGGCGAGUAUAGAGGUCUCGCUGUCGACUACCCCACGGCGGAAGAAGGGUGGAAGUAUUUCCGGGGGCAUGACCUCGCCUGCAAGUCAUCGCAAUCGGGACCACUAUAAAGAAUUAGACACUCUUCGUGUUGCUCUGAGAGAUAAAGAAAAUAUCAUACAAACACUAAAGGGACAGCUCUGUAAUACAUUGAGCAACCGGUUGGCAUUGCGCAAUGGAGCGCCGCCUCUGACUGAUGCCGACAGAAAGGCCACCGAGGAACGUCUUCAAAGAUUGCGCCGAGAUGCCGACAAUAAGAGACUCGCAAUAAAAAAUCUCAAGUUGGCACUCGAACGCUUAGAUAUCACCGAUAAUAUCGACGUGCGAAUUCAGCAAGCUGAACUCGAGUACAGACUCGGGAGAGAAGAGCUGGAACUCUUGACAUUUCGCGAAGAGAGCAGAGCCCUUCAAGCAGCGCUGGAAUUAGCAGAAACCCAAGAAAAACAAAAGAACGACACAAUUUUCAGCUGUAUAUCUGGGGCAACUCAAGUGACAAUUCAUGCAGUGGAAGUGAGUGCAGAUCCAAAAAGUCCUCGAUUUGGUGCUGGACCAAGAGAGGAAGCACCUGGACUUUACGUGGAUUGGGCAGUGGAGGAUUCUGGUCUCUGUAAAGGAGACAGGAUCUUGGAAGUGAAUGGCAAACUUGUAGUGGGAGCUGGAAGAAGCGACUUGGCUCGACUUCUGGCCGUUGCCCCCGACUCGGCGCAAAUCGUGGUCCUACGCAAAGGCGAAUCCUUGACGGCUUUGCGUACUCUCCGAUCCGAUAAUCUCAGACUCACUCACAGGAUCGGCUAUCUCGAGGAACAGGUCAGAGAUCUUCUAGCACCUACGAGAACAGAAAUUGUAUCUCCCGAUAUUCCACCAACUAGCCAGAAAAAUGUACAGGUUUUUCAAAAAGGACCUCAAGUGACUGCACUCGUUGCAAAUCUUCCCGGUUUGAAUGUACGAAGUCCCACAGAAUUUCGACAAAGUCUUCCAACAGUAAGAAGCAGACACAGUGACAAUUCUAAACGCAUGACGGAAUCUCGAAAUUCCAAAGAGUUAGACUUUUCUUCUGAUGGAGCAGCGAAUGGUCAUCAAAAAUCAAGAAGCAAACAAAAAUCCCCAGGAUUCCAACUUACUAGAUCUACUGCGAGUUUGGACUUCAAACAAUCUCAGUUACAACUUCAUUCUCCAAGAAGACGAACUCCUAGAGUUGAAUCCGCAAUGGAACAAUUACAGAAGAGCCGCAAGAACGGGAAUCACUUCCAGUCCCUGGAAUUUGAUUCAGAGCCAACUUAUUACCGAUUACAGGACAACCAGUCGCGGGCAUCGGAAAAUUCGGAUACAACCAACAUCUACAAUUCCCAAGAAACUGCGAAAACUCGUCCAGCGCCUCCGAAAAAGCCCCUACGACUUUCAUUGCACAGAGCAGCAAGUCUGCAAUCUGUCGAGAGUGCACCACCCGCAGCAUCACAGGAAGUUCUUCGAAAACCUACCAAGAGAAAUUACCGCGGAGACCCACCAAUUGAUAAAAACUCGCGUUCAGAAAGCAACGGAGAAGCAAUUAAUCUGGAUUCGAAUUCCAAUACCACUGGCCCCCAACCGCCCCCUAGAACGCCUUCUAGGGCAGAGUCUUGUCAAAGUGCCUUGAGAUGGCCUUCUCCUAAACCUAGACCACAUCUUGCUUCUGUUCCGAUGGAAAAAUGGUGCUGACAGGUUUUAGGUUUAUUCACCUACUACUAAAACUUUUAAAUGAAAGACAUGUUCAGGGGAGUGAGAAACAAAUAUUAUUCCGGAGCACCUAUUCUUUGGGGAAACCAAAGGUAAAAUGGUUUAUCAAUAAUAGUUGAUAUCCUAAAAAUCUAAUUUAUUGGAUUAUAGUCUUUGUUUUUUAAUUUAAAUUUAGAUUCGCGUCUGAUUGUUUCUUUUUAUGUGAAGAUGCAAAUCAUCAAUGGGGUGUCAAAAUAAGUUCUUAGAGUUUGUAGUAUCCAUUACGUUAUCAAAAUGAUUAAACGUAUUCUGACUGUUGAAAGCCACUAUGAUAUUAUUUUAGGGAUCACAGUUGUUCAGAAAUUUAAUUGUAGAAAAAAUAAGAGAAUUUCUAUGAUAUUAUGGCUCCUGCCGAGUUUUAGUGUUCCUCCUGCCAGAUCCAGUGUUCCUUCUGCCAGGUGCACGGUUUCUCCAUAUACGUCCAUUGUUGUUUCUAUAAAUAUUUCUUCUGCUGACUGAUGUGAAUAUGGACUUGAAAUUGAGUAAAAUAAAUUUUCGAUUAGAAAUUAAAUUUUAUAAGAACUAGAGUAUCUCAAUUCAGUGUCAGAUAUAUUUUUUUCCUUUCGCGACACUGCUCAUUCAGUAAAUUCAAGUAAAGUCUAUAUCCUGGCUCCUGACGAGUCUUGUCUUCACGCUAGGUCCAAGUUUUCUCCUGCCAAAUCCAGUGUUCCUCCUGCCAGGUGCACGGCUUCUCCAUAUACUCAGAUACUAUAGCUAAGUCCUCGAAAAUCUUAAAGAUGAAUGUAUGCGAAUGUUUACAAAUAAUACGGUUACAUACAAAUUAUGUCAUUUUUUUAAAUGACAAGCACACUAUUUCAAUUCUUAAAGCUUUCUCCUGUCAGUACUUAUUAAUUACGAUAUCCCGUCACUGCAGGAAAUCUAACAUGGCGCUGUUCGCUCAAAUUCUGACAUUUGAUUUGCCCAAACUGGGUUAGGGGAAAAACUCAUUCACUUAAAUAGGUUUAUCGGAACAGCAUGAAAUAUUCUUUAUUCUUUAGUAAAAAGUUUUUUGUUUAUAUUGGUGAGCGAGAUAUAUUUUUUGUCUCUAUUGCGACACUAAUCAUUAAAUAAACUCAGUAAAAACGACAUCCGGGCUCCUGCUCCACCUUCUCUUAGUGUUAAGUCUAUGUUUCCUCCUGCCAGGCCAAGGACUCCUCUUCUCAUGUACGUUGCUCUUCCAUCACCGUCCAGAUUCAAUUCCUGCACGGCUUCUUUCUUCUAAAGAAUAAGAAUGUGGACUUAAAAUUCAGUAAAAUGAAGUUGUAAUUAUAAAUUCAAUAUUAUAAGAAGUUGAGCAUCUCCAUAUAAAGUGUGAGAUUUUUUUGUCGUUCGGGACACUUUUCAUUCAGUAAAUUUAGUAAAAUCCACAUUCUGGCUCCUUUCGAGUCUUCUCUUUAUGCCACAUACAGGUUUUCUCCCGCCAGGUCCAGUUUGUUUCCUGCUAGGUCCAGUUUUCAUCAUGCCAGGUGCACGGCUCACCAAUAUAUCCAGUAAAUGUAGUAGAAUCAGUAAAAUCCACAUUCUGGCUUCUGCCACGUCUUCUUUUCAUGCCAGGUCCAGGUUUUCUUCUGCCACGUCUAGUUUUUUCUUUCCAGGUCCAGUAUUUAUCCUGCUAGGUACACGAUGCCUCCAUAUACGUCCACUGUUUUUUCUAUAAGGCUUACUUCUUCUGACGUAUGUGGAUAUGGACUUAAAAUUCUGUAAAAUAAAAUUGUAAUUAUAAAUUAAAUGUUAUUACGACGAGAGUAUCUCAACUAAGUGUGAGUUGUAUCGUUCGCGACAUUGCUCUUUUAGUAAAUUCCGUAUAAUCCAAAUUUUGGCUUCUGUCGAUUCUUCUUUUAAUGCCAGGUCCAUGUUUUCUCCUCUCAGGUCCAAGUUUUCUCCUCUCAGGUCCAAGUUUUCUCCUGUCAGGUCGAGUUUUUUCCCUCCUAGGUCCAGUAUUCCUCCGGCCAAGUGCGCGGCUCCUCUAUAUACGUCCAUUGCUCUUUCUAGAAGGCUUACUUCUUUUUAUUCAGGAAAUUCAAUAAUUCAGUGAAGUCCAUAUCCUGGCUACUCCCGAGUAUUCUCUUUAUGACAGGUCGAAGUUUUUUCCUGUCAGAUCCAAUGUGCCUCCUGCCAGGUAUAUAUCUCCUUCAUAUACGUCUAGUGCUCUUUUUAUUAAGCUUCCUUCUUCUGACAAUUAUGAAUGUGGACUUCAAUUUCAAUUUAAUAAAAUUGCAUUGAUAGAUAAAAUGUCAGAAGAACAUAAGUAUCAAAAUAAAGAUCACGACUUCUCAUGAACAAAUUCUCUAACAUUGCAUUAAAAUAUUAUAAAAUCUCUCGUAAUUUUUAAAACAUUUGAAGUCUUCUAAAAUCCCUUCAUAUUUUUAAGGCUAUUUAAAAUUACUCAGAAUCUUUCAGUAUACCCUAACAUUUUCAGUAUUUUUUCAAAUAAUAAUCUAAAAUCUUUGAAAAUUGAAAUCUUUUGAAAUACCAUGAAAUUCUCUUUUAAUAUAGUAAAUCUUUAAUCAAUUUCCUGAAAUACCAUGAAAUUAUAUCAAAUCUUAUAUUUAUUCAAAUUUUUCGAAUUUUUUAAAUCCUUUCUAAUCGUUUUAAAGACACUUCAAAUUUUGCACGGCUGUUGAAAAUUCUUUAGGACCUUCUAAUAUAUUCGAAAAUCCGAAAAAAACACAUUUGAAAUCUCUUCAGAUUCUUGGAAUCUUUGAAAUUCCUAGAAAUAUUUUGAAAUGUCUUUCAUUC